AAGAGCCGAGCAGUUCAGCGGUAACAACUUGUUCCCACAACCAUGGAAUACAACGUCCAAUUCUUUAUUCUCAUGGGCUGUUUGGUCAUAAAAGCAGUAAGGUCCGAUGAUCAAUGUGUUAACUACGACAGUCUCACAGAGCUGCCAUACUUAGCUGAAAGAAUGAUUGGCUACACACCCAAAUCUGGUGAACAACCCAUCUGCGACUUUUACUUACCCAACGAUUGGUACAAGAUGGGAGAUUAUAUAAUUACCUCAUCAACAAAAGGUUGCGGGACAACAACGGAUUGGCACACGUUAAAACCCAUUAAAGACGGUGACGUUUCAACCGUUGUUUGUAAAAAUGACGGAACAGGCGGUUGUAGUGAAACGAAAACAAUCGACGUGCAACGCUGUGGAAAAAACUACAUAUUCAAUCUUCAAACGCUUGACUUAUGUUCUGCGUAUUGCAUAGAAAGUCAAACAGGCAACACACAUGCAAUUCCGGCUCCGGACAUAUCGUAUCUUAUGCCGAAAAUUCAGGCCAGCACAGAAUUAGCUGGAAAAACGCACGCCAAAAACAUAUACUUCUGUGACCUUCGCCCCCGUGAUAGUACUUUGCUGUACAAAACAGAAUGGAUGCUUACAUCAAAAUUAUCCAGAGCUCGCUUACUUCAUCAGUCAAAAUAUAUUAAAUAUAUCGACAGACAACAAUUCAACGCAGAAACUGCAUUAACGGAUGACCAUUUAAAAGAAAAUGGUAUAUACCGCAUGGGAUACACGAUUCAAUGUGCUAUAAAAGCUAAGGCCGAUGUUGCUGGACUCAUUAGUACUGCUGUAUUAAGUACACCGCUGUUUUGUGGUAUUGAGGUUAACCCAAAAGGAAGAUUGCAAUUAAAGGAUGCAGUUGCUGGCGAUAUAUCAGUUACCCUGACGGUUCCGUUUGCACACCCGCAGGCAGGUUGUUCGUUGGAAGUUUUGCUUUAUAUACCACCGAAGACAGAUCAUUGUUCAGUUUCAAAGCUUACUCAAUCAAACAGUGGUCCAAGCACCUGCGGUGCACGCUUUGUGAGUUCAGACGCUGUUGGCUCGUAUAAAAACAUUACAGUUUCAUCAGUAGUAGGAGGGAAAUCGAGCAAGCUUUCAAUGGAUUAUGUCGUAUUUCUUUCUGCACACACUGCAUGCAAUGACAGAAUGAACAAUUACAGACUGCAGCCAGUCAGAGUUGAGAGCAUAGAUGACACAACUCAGCUGAACAAUAAACUCUGUUCCGCUCAUUCUGAUCCGCAUAUCAAAACGUUUGACAGGGACUGGACUUACGACUUGCAUAAACCAGGCUCGUAUCUUCUCUACCGAAAUACUGAGUAUCGGACAGAGGUGCAGAUAAAGCUGGACAAAUGUCCGACGUAUAGUACGUUUGCUUUACACCCAUACUGUAUACAGGCUCUUGUCGCAAGGGCAGGAAGAGAUAUUUUUCUUAUCAAUUAUGGGACACAUCCUGAAGUAAACUUUAAACAAUGUGAUGAUGGUGUACUGCACAGAAAGAUAACAAAGAUUGGAAACAAAGAUUAUAAGAUAAUCCUUCCUACUGGCACAAAAAUAACAGUGAUGCAAAACAGGGGUUCAAAUGGCUGGGAAAAAUUCAUGGAGGUAAACAUAUAUGCCGGUCUUCCAGAUGUCGGCAGAACGGACGGUCUUUGUGGGAAUUGCAAUGGAAACCCAAAAGACGACCCUCAGCAUGAUUCACAACCAAUUUAUGCACAGUUUUUCCACAUUUCGCAAACAGACCUUCAGAAAUAUACAUUAACAAACACCCCGGAAGAUUUGUUCAACACUGCAAAUCACAAUCGAGUGUAUGGAUGGGAUAAUAGGUUUAGAUUUUGCGAGUGCGACAAAAACUCCUGGCGGUUUGCAAUUAUUGGUCAAUUGGAUAAAACGGAAAUCAAAUGCAAGGAGGAAGCAACAACUGUUUGUGAAGAAGAUAGUCUGAAGUCAACAUUUCCUAUAUGCACCUUAGCAAGAAAGAAAAGAUCAGUUGACAGAUAUAGAAGCGCAAAAACACGCCGUGUGUCAAGCACUGUCGAAACGAGAGACCACCAUAUAGUUUUGAGAGAAGCAAACAAGUACAAUGAAUCCACUGCAAGACAAGAAUGUAUCAGAUUGAUGAACACUUCAGUUGUUCAAAUGUGUUCAAACCUGAAAGAUUUCAACAUUUCGUCUUUCAUUAACAGUUGUGUUGCCGACACGUUGAUUACUUCUUCGACGGUAUGGUCCAAGAUUCACUUGGAAGCAAUCAAAGGAACAUGCAUAGAACAUGUGCGUUUCAAUCAGCCAAUACCUCCAGAUGUGCUUGCUAAUGCUACAGCACCUAGUGAUUGGUUUAACGAAACUUUAAAUGAAACAGAAACUCAAAACAGCACCACUUUUGCACCGAUGCUGUCUCCCAAGUCGACUCCAUCUCCGUAUGUUGCUUUGUUUACACCAGAGUUAUUGAAAGAUAUAGAAGACAUUGCUUGUCCCGGUGAUUGUAAUGGUCAUGGAAUAUGCGACAAAGGACAAUGCGUUUGUCAAGAUGGAUACUAUGAUAUCGACUGCGGACAAGAUAUACGGCAACCACCACGUAUUGAAGGAAUACCGGAUUUAGGUGUUUGCGAUUUGAAUAUGAGAGAAUGCGGUGUAACAUCAGUGUUCGGCAGAAAUUUUAUUGAAUCGUCAACUCUUUCAUGCAAGCUGGUGCCUUUCGAAGUACACGCGCUGGAGGUAGUUAUUCGGGAUCCUUUAAUUGUUCCUGGAGAAAUUGAAACCAUUGUUGAGAUAAGUUGUAAUUUACCAAAAGCACGAGAAAGGCGUUCCGUUACGGAAGGGGUCAAUGCGCCGAUCGCUAGAGGAUACAACGUAUCAGUCAGCAACGACGGUAGUGCUUUUAGUGAAGAGGACUUGCUUGUUAUAUAUGACGCUACUUGUGUUAGUUGCACGACUGUUAACGGGGUUGUCAAAUGUUCCAAGGAGAGCGGGUUUUGCAUGGAAAAUGGAAUUUGUUUCAAGCAGGGUCAGUCAACUAACUGUUUAACGUGCACAGUUGAUAACGGAGACUCAUCCUGGUCUCCAAGUACAGAAUGCGCCGACCCAUAUUCGGAGCCAGCCAAGAAACUAUGGAUAAUUGGUGCUGCCGUUGGACCAAUUGUUGGCGCCACUAUUGUGGCACUGGCAAUAUACUGCUACAAUAAAAAAAGAAGCCAGUUCAGACGUAAAAAACUUGGGUCCAUUAAUCCUUUGAAUGACACUGAAGUUGCAUCAGUACAGCAAAGCAAGACAUAGAUCGUGUUUAUCAUUCCACUAAAUGAAUUGAAUCAGAAAGAAAACACUAUAAAAUAUUAGAAAGUUAAAUAUAUAUACAGUGUUAAUGACGAGGAUAAAUGACUGGCAAUUCUGUAACUUUCUCCAAAGUUGUAUAUGCAGUUUAAGUUUUUGAGUCACAACCAAAUGUAUCAUGUACAAAUGAGAUCGUUCACAAAAAGACAAAAAUACUUUAUAUUGUAAAAUGUUUCUAAUACAUUAAAUAAACUUAUGUAUUGUGUUUUUGUUGGAGGUUUUGGUGAAAUCACUUACCAGUUGAUCAUACCAGUAACGUAUGAUUAUGUAAACUAUUUUAUUUCUUAUGUAUCUUCAUUAACAUUUGACUGUAUCACGAUGUAUUAUUAUUUAGUUCGUGAAAAUUAGAAGUAAAGAAACACUAUUUUAUUCAUGGUGUUAAAUCUGACUACGGUUCACAGUAAAACAUGGUUUUCUCGAA